AUGGCACCCCAGAAGCUGCCCUUGUGGGCCGAUGAAGAGCUAGGCAAGAAGGACGACGACCACCGCCCACUCUCAACACGCUUCGAGCCCCGACGACAAUGGAAAAAGCCUCGUCCUCGCCGGAUCCUGCUCACCCUGGUCGCGGUGGGAGCUUUAUGGCUGUUCUUCAAAUACAUGCCCACAGAUCUGGCCCCUGCCGCCGAACGGUACAGCCCCGACCUCGCGAGACUGCGACAACAGAACCACGUCCCACUGCGCGACGCUGCUAAGGUGCCCGCUAUACCCAAGGCAGAGCCGUCGCAACAAAACCAAGAGAUUGAUAUCAAUCCUGGAGAUGGAUACGAUGGAGAGGUUCAAUUCUACCAGUUGGCCAAGUCGCUUCCGCGCCACAAGUACCCCGAGAAGGAGAAGAUGGCCAGUAGCGCAGUUGUGUUCGCCGCAUCGAGCCUCCCUUGUGUAUCUGAUCUUCUGUCACUCGCAUGUCGGAUGGCAGGCAAGCGGGUGAAUAGUGUGCAUUUCGUCUUGAUGGGCAAGGACGAGGUUUCGAUUGAGGGAAUCAAGGAAGUGAACAGGAUUGCGGACUCGGAAUGCCCAAUGACCUGGCAUGACAGUCGCCCGGACUUUGCGCCCCAGUCCACAGAAUCCCGGAUGCAACGGUCUGUGCUUGGAGGUCUAGAGUUUAUACACGCCUACCUUCGCCCAGCGGUAAUCAUCACACAAGGAAAGCACUGGGAGGAUCCAUUCUUUUGGAAUGGAGUCAUGGAUUAUUGCACAGAAUCUGGUAUUGCUCAUAUCGGGUUAUCUACCGCAUCAACAAAUCUCAUGUGGAUGGCUUCACUCGAUAGCAGCGCUCUGCAAGUCUGGAACGACAUCCAUAUUGAGAUGGUUGUCCACGCUCCCACGGAAUCAUCGGGGACCUUGAUUCGACUGAUCCGCUCCUUGGAUGCAGCGGACUAUCUGGGGUCGACCCCCAGCUUAACAAUAGAGCUACCACCGCGAGUUGAUUCGCAGCUCUUUGAUUUCCUCGAGCGAACGAAACGUCUUUCGAAGCUGACAGGCCGGAUUACCCUUCGGCGACGCAUCCCACGACACCAGAUGGACGAAGCGGAAUCUUCUCUCUGGACAGUCGAGUCCUUUUAUCCAAGGGAUCCUAAGGUGACCCAUAUGCUUCUACUGUCCCCACAAGCCGAGCUAGCGCCAUCCUUCUAUCAUUACUUGAAGUACUCCAUCUUGCACUACAAGCAGUCCGCGAGAGCCAACCAGUUGUCCUCGAAACUGCUCGGCAUUUCUCUCGAAUUGCCAUCGUCCACACCCACCGCUGAUGCUGAGCGAUUCAACCCCCCGUCAGCCCCAAUCAUGAACGAACUGGGACGUGAGGAAGAACUGCUCCCCUCGUUUCUUUGGCAGGCACCAAAUAGCAAUGCCGCGUUGUACUUUGGCGACAAAUGGGCCGAGUUUCAUACCUUUCUCUCCAAUCGUCUGGAAGUUGCCGAAAUCCAGCCUGCUGCUGCUGCACAGACCAAACUGGUUUCGAAACGCUACCCAGCGUUUAUGGAGCACUUGCUGGAACUGAUCCAUGCGAAGGGCUACUAUAUGGUCUAUCCGUCAUUCCCGGGCUUAAGAGCAUCGUCUUUGGCAACUGUGCACAAUGAGUUGUAUCAGCCGCCCGAGGAGUUCGUCCAUGACAGCUCGACUCGAACCGUCCAGAAUAUUGACGACCCUAAACAACCCUUGAAGGCCUUGACUCUGGGCUCUGUUGAAAAGCCGCUGAACCGCAAGUCAACCAUCAUGCCUCUUCUCGAUCAGUUUUCUGUGGAUCUUCCUCCUCUUGAGUCUUUGCCGUUGCUUUCUUAUGACGGGGAAAUUCUAACUCCCAGCACCUUCUUACAACACACGGAGGACUAUGCCACCAAGUUCCGGGUGAAGUAUGGAGGCUGCUCCGAGGAUGCGACAAGCGAUGAGCCUCCGGGCGAUCUGUUCUGCCUGGGUGGAUGA